GGAUCAUGUUGCUCAAAGAACUUGCAUUUUAAAAUACGAGCUUGAAAAAGCAGUAUAUUUCUUAACCAGAACUCUGCUAGAGUUCUGCUUUAAGAGACUCUUAGGAAAACUAGAUUUAUCCAGUAUCAAAAGCUUUUUAUUUUUUCCCCUCCUGAGAAAUUUUUUUUUUUGGAUGCUUAUUGGAUUUUUGACCCAUCCUAUUUUAACUCCUUAUGAAUCUCAACCUUUUGGAAAACUUUGCCAGACACAACUUCCUUCCCAGACUGACCUGGCCUGGACACCCACCAUGCACAACAGCACCACCGAAAUUCCGCACGCUGCUGAGACGCGUAACGAGACUUGGCCCAGCCAGGCGCUGAGCUCCGAGUUCUCCCUGGGUGUGUUGGCGCUGCUGGCUUUCCUCAUGGUGUUGCUGUGUCUGGUGACCAUCCUUGGCAACAUGCUGGUGAUCCUUGCUUUCAUUAUGGACAGGAACCUGAGGCAUCGGAGUAACUAUUUCUUUCUGAAUCUUGCUGUUUCUGACUUUGCAGUGGGUGUGUUCUGUAUGCCGUUGUACAUCCCUUAUGCCCUGACAGGAACAUGGCACUUGGGAAGGAGCCUGUGCAAGCUCUGGCUGGUCAUGGACUAUCUCAUGUGCACAGCUUCAGUGUUUAACAUCGUCCUUAUCAGCUACGACCGUUUCCUGUCAGUUACAAAAGCUGUAUCUUACAGAGCCCAGCAGGGAAUAAUGUCCAGCUCUGCCAUCAAGAUGGUGGCCAUCUGGGUCUUAGCAUUCCUCCUGUACGGCCCAGCCAUCCUGUUUUGGGAGCACGUGGCCGGACACAGCGUGGUGCCUGUGGAUCAGUGCUACGCUGAGUUCUUCCACAACUGGUACUUCCUCCUGUGUGCAUCCACCCUGGAGUUCUUUGUGCCCCUGCUCCUGGUGACCUACUUCAAUGUGCACAUCUUCCACAACAUCCAGCGGCGCCAGCGGCGCGGCAGCGUGCAGGACUGUGAGCAUGCCAGGAGGAGCAGCCUGUCCUGGAGGUUCUGUGGCUUGCCAAGGCCAGGGGCAUCAUCUCCUUCGUCAGAAGCAGAGGACAGUGUUUCAUCACUAACGAGGUCGUGGAGACCAGCAGUGGUGGCCAAUGGUCCAUCUCGAACAGAAACCAGUUCUACAGCUCUCAAAAGGAACUUUUCUGCUUCUUUCUGUUCAAGUUCUGGAUCAAAACUGCAACGGGACAAGAAAAUAGCAAAGUCUCUUGCCAUAAUUGUCUGUGUGUUUACCAUUUGCUGGGCCCCAUACUCUUUAUUAAUGAUUAUCCAUGGGGUCUGCGAAGGAAAGUGCAUCCAUAAGUCCCUCUAUGAAGCAACGUUUUGGCUUUUGUGGAUCAAUUCCUCUUUGAACCCAUUUCUUUACCCUCUCUGCCAUAUGAGGUUUCGAAUGGCUUUUCUGAAGAUAUUAUGUCCCAAAAAGUUUGCAGCAUUGAGAUCUGGUAACACGCCUUCUAUUUAGCGAGGUAAAAGGAAUGUCUUACAAAUAAGGUUCCUCUGUCAUUUAGUGAUACCUUUUCAUAUGUGUCGGCACGAAUAGAGAAAAAACCUAUUUGUUUACUAAUGACAUUGUUUAAGAGUGCAGCAGAGUUAUGUAGUUGCCCCAAUAUUGCUAAUUUUCAGGAUCUCAUUUUUGGUUUUGCUGGUAUGAUGGUAGAUUAAUUACCAUCUAGUGGAUUGAAAAGAAUAAUGAGCUUUGCUGGAUGUUCUCUUGGUUUGUGGGUGUGAGGUAUAUUUUUUUCUUUCUCUUUUUUUUUUCUUUCCUUUGUUUAAUAUAUAGAGCUGGCACUGUGAAAGAGCUCUGCUCUUGCUAUUUUCAUAGAGAGUCACUGGAGGGAGAUACUUGUUCAUGUAUGUGUUGAAUUAAAAUUUAUGUUCUAUUUAUGAAUCUAAAGCUAUCAGUGAAGAAGCAAUACUACUACAUUUUUCAAUGAUUGUAAAAAUACUCACAGAAGCAGUAUAUUUUCAUAUCAUAAACUAUUAUGAAGACAAGAGAGUGCCCUCUCCUUGUUAGAAUCCCCACAGUGAGCAAUAUGCAAGUGAAUGGACUGCCUAACCUGCCAUAUCUGUCUUUUUCAAGUUUUAAUGUAGCUCAUACCUGGCAUUGCAGGACAAAGUAUAUGUAAGUUAGUAAUUCUGAAUGAUUUUUAGAGAAUGAAAUUUUCCAUGCUAUGAGAAUUUUGAGACUGGUUAUUAAAAGUGUCAGACACAAAUGGUUGUUAGUCUUCUCACCCAUACUGUUUUUUCACCUGACAGUGGCUGCCCCUUUGGUCAUGCUUAAAUGAUAUUUAGUGCCAGAUUUGUGCACUAUGUGAUUGCCUAAAAGAUAGGCCAGGCUUGGGCACGUGAUCACAUUCCUGUUGAAUUAGCAGAGCAAGCAAUGCUAAGUUCAUACUGGAUUUUUGAUUUUGGCUGUCUGUGCAAGAAUAGACAAUAGCCUCUCCGGUGUAAAGCUUUGCAAGUGCAAAGAUAUUCCAUCAAAAUGUCUGGAACAAAUUUGAUCUGACAGAGUGAUUUUUUAUACUAGAUCAGUGCUUUAUGUCCUGUUACUGUGACAUUAUAUGGAUUUUCUCUGCCACAGAACAAAUAUCAAACUUGAUUUUUUCAAUUAGGGAGCAAGGGCCAUAUUCACUGCUUGAGAAUGAGAUUUACAGAGGUCUGGAAGCUGAUACAGAGAUGUUUUAGGCAGCUCUUAACAAACAAAGCAGUUGAAUGUCCAGUGCUGAAAGGAGUGAGUAAAUGUCUUGGAGGAAGCAAUGGAACUUGAUUACACCCCAUUCCAUGUGCCAAGCUUUCUUACCAUAUGUUGAGUGUUGCAACUCACCCAGAAGGCUUUCAUGGAUGGGUAAGUGAGAGUCACUGGCUACAUUUUUUUCUCCCCUUUUGUGUAAUUUUAUUCCUCUUCGUUUAUAAAUAUAAUAAUGUAUGAAAUAUUGAAAGAGAAAUCUGAUGCACAGAACAAUGAAGAGCAGUAGUCAAUUUAAAUGGUUUUUAAUCUAAUUUGAAAUUGGCUGUAGGAGUGUUGCCAUAACAGAGUACUCCUUUGCAAACACAAUUCAAACGCAUGGAAACAGCUUAAUGAUAGCACAAAAGUUGAUGGCUUUGAAGAGCUAGAAUGUCUUUUUGUUCAGAGGUCUGGAACUGAAGGCUUCUCUUGCCAGUUUUCACACUGCUGGAAGAUUAUCUUUCACCAUUCAUUCUUGCUAUGCUUCCUUGCCUCACAUGGAUAGUGUUACGGAUUGUGAGCCUAAUGGCUAAGAAAGGCGCAGCUUCAGGAGGAGGUCAUUGAUUCAGCACAGCUGUUUUUACUGUCAUGAGCUGUGGUGCAGGCAUAGAUUUUGUGUGGUUUGCUUUUCUAUGACGCUUUCUAAAAAAUCUAAACACACACACAGAGUUAAAACAUUUAUAAAAGAGCUCGUGUACUAAACAUCUGUUAAAUAGAGAAACUGAAGAUGGGCCCAAGAUAGAAAUGUGUUUGUGUUGUCUGCUUUCUAUCCCUAUGCUUUUAGUAUAAAAAUCCAGUUUGCAUUUUGUGCUGAAAGAAUGUAUUGCUCAUUUUGGAAAAAUAACCUACAAAAUUAUUACCUAGAUAAACUAGAUAAUCCAUGUUUUUUCCAGCAGUGCUGGAAAGCUAGUUAGUCAGGGAAUUUGCCAGGCAGCACAAUCUGCAGCGAAUUUGAAACAACAUAGCAUGGUGAAGCUACUAGACAUAAGUGUUUUUUAGAGUCUGUUUUACACACACACUAUUCAAACUGUUUUCUCAUGUCACUCCUGUGUAUUAGAUGCAUUUGUUGUAUUUUUCUAUUUGUUGAAAAUUUUGCUAAGUUCUCCCAUGGUAAGUCAAGC